AUAAUUUCUCAAACAAUUUUUUCUGGAUGUCCAAAUUGAUAAGGAAACCAUUAUCUAGAAACGAAAAGAAAAGAAAUACAGCCUUUGUAAUAAAGAAUAAACUUUAUUUGUGGAUGUUUCAUACACAAAAUGCAGAUCACAGUACUUAAAAAUAAAUAGGAAAAGAGCAUACAAUUAAAACUUUAGUACUAUAAUAUUUAGAAUAGAUUUUCUGUGUUUGUUUCUGUAUAUUCACGUUUAUCAUAAUGCUUAACAUGUUGAGUUUUUUUAAUGUCAGUUAGUGAAAAAUGCCCACCACUGUUCCCCAGAGCCAAGUUGACCUCUUCAAAUAGCUUGUUCAAAAGCCUAAGAUGAUAUAUUUACAAGCAGCAAAUCCUUUCAUUCCAACUGUAGCCAGAGAAUAUUUGGCAUUUUUGGCUGAUGAAUGACGUAAUGAUCAAUUGAUUAUUGACAUUGUUGAUUUGUUGCUAAUCAUUUCAGGAGUAUAUAUAAAAUAAUUGUACGGUUCGGUGCCUCUUCUCACCAGUCCCCUCUGUACAGCCAGUGCACACUAUGUCCUCAGCUCUUUCUGUGCCUCCUAAGCAGAUUAGCUGUCCUAUAUCUUAGUCACUGGGCCAUCCUGAACAGCUCACUGUAGCUCUGCCAGCCUCGGCUCCAGCUACACUCCUCUGUGUUCAAAAUUCAGCCGCUGUCACUGAACGUCCGUGUAGUGUCCCUGUUGGCUGGGCUGUCUGGUUUUGUGAUUGCUUUGGCGGGACCGGGAAUAACAGAGCCUGGCAGAAAUUCUCCCUCUCUCUUUUGUCUUUCCUGCUUUCCGUCUCUUGUUCCUACACCUACACCCCACCUGUCCAUCCUGGAUACAGCCUUAGCUCGCCUGACAGUCAGGUGAUUACCGCCCUGCUGCCGUUUGUGUAUGUGUCUGUCUGUGAGGAGCUGAGCUAGCCUCCUGUCCUGGAUGGAUACUGAUGAUCAUUGUCUGUUUACAAUCGGUGAAGCCCCCUGUGAGGGCUUUAGAGCAGCUUUAUUCCCCCCAUCUGGCAGCUGAGAUAAAUCCUUAGUUCCUGUAGGAAUGAACAGGGAGCAUGAGCAGAGCAACAGGAACUGUAUGCAAAGAGAUCUCUUCCUCAAGACUGAAGACUGACUGAUAAGUCCUCCUUAGCUGUACCCCUGGACUGUUAGCAGCUUACGGACAUGACCUGCAAUCUAUAAAUUUCUGCAGCCAUGGCUUUGAAUGUGGACCUCACUGCAGAGCCAGGUCAACAAGAAAAGAUGCAGAAGGUUCCUGUUCCCGGCUGAGACAGUAACUGAGGUUAGAGCUGAGACCUGAAGGAGGCAACUGUUGGCUGCAAGGUGAAUGGAGACAGGAAAGAGCACCACAACAGGGGUUCUUUUCUGGACCCCUGCCCCGGUCCGCACCUCAAGCACCAGCUCUGUAAUAUCUGAGGAUGUGUGGAAGGAUGAGGAUGAAGAACAGGCAGAGAAAGAUGAUGACUUUGUCAACCAGAUGGAUGAAAAUGGCAUCAUCGGACUGUCUGAAGCACUCGAGGAUGUGGAGUUGGGGGAAACUGAUGCAGAAUGUGAUCCAAACUUGUACCCAGAGGAGACGGACUUUAGAAGGCAGGAGAGGAAUACGUCACCUGAGGAGCUAAGUUACAACCUGAGUGAACAUCUGUCCAAUACUGAAUCACUAGGACGGAAUGUACAACUACUGUCACCAUUUGAUGACUUGAUCGGCAGCUUAACAGCACAGACAUUGGAUGAGGAGGUGAGGCAGAGGAGGAGCACAUCAAGAGAGCUUGGAAGUACGAAUGGCGUGGUUGAGAGCUAUAUUUCCAAAGGAGAGACUGAGAAGAUCAGCUCUACAGCCAUGGAACUUGCUGGAGUCUCCAAUCAUCACUGCCCAAUAUCCCAGCCUGCCUCGCAUGUCACAGCCCCCACUUUCCCCCACCUUCUCCACUUCACUGCUGAGGAAAUAGCUGCUGCUCCAGGGAUUGAAGCUGAAACUUUUCCAGAGAUGAGCUCCAUAGAAAGUCUUCCAGAAUCACACAGGAGCCACAUGUCAUCACAUGUCAGCCUCAAGUCUAGUCCUUUUCCCGAGAUUAAGCUCAAGGCUCUUCAGCCAGAAGCCACAUUUUCUGAAGAAGUCAUGUCUGAUCAUUACAGCAGAGUAAGUACUGGGCCUUUAAAUGGAUCAGAUAAGUCCCAUAAGCCUCAUAAACAGCCCACUCCCUCACCAAGGAAGACUAGGCUGCCCUCUCCUGAAGUUACCUAUUCACCUUGUUCCCUUAGCAGAGUCAAGGAUGACUCUUUAAAAUUCAAACAUCAGACCACAAGUCCUGACAGAGAGCUGAAGAGGCCUCCGGCCAGGAGUAAUGCUGCUGAAUUGGAUGAAUCCAGAAAAGGGCCUCUGAGUUACCGCACACCAGACUUCUCCAAGGUGGGGCCCAGGGUCCAUUUCCCUAAAGGUGGUUACAAGCCCCCCAAGAGCAGGUGCUCUUCCAAGAGGGAGUCCCUCUCACCUGAGCCCCCCUUGAUGUUUAAAUCCCCAGCUGACAUAGUGAAAGAAGUCCUACUGAACACCACUGAUGGAUCUCCUGCCCCAUUAGACUCUUACAGACCACCAGCCAAUGCCCCAGACUCAAUUGUGCCUGAGGAGUUCAGGUGCCGGCGGAACGCCACCACACUGCUUGAACAACUACAGGAGGACUACAAAACGCUGCUGACUAAGUACGCCGAAGCGGAGAACACCAUUGAUCGUCUGCGUCUGGAAGGAAAGGUGAACCUGUACUCUGACCCUCCGAAGCCUGGCCACUCGGUGCAGUCAGGAAUGAACCAGGAGGCCUCAAGGAUCAUGAUGCUGGAUUUUCCUCAGGCUCAGAGAGCAGUGAUCAACUCAAACUCACUUCAUUCUAAUGGACACAGCAAUCAUCAGAGAAAUUCAUCUGCCAAUUCUUCCACAAGAAGCCCAGACCCUCUGGUGGGACAGCAGCCAGCCAAGAUUCUCUACAGUCAGGCUGACAGGUUCCUCCAGCAGUUGCAGACUUUUGAGGAUCUCCUGAAGUGCAAGAAGCUCAAACCUUUUGAACAGGUGAAGGGUCUGCCACAGCUUGCUGAGGGGCUUGACUCUUUAGAAAGGGGCUACCUUUUAGCGAGGGAUGAGCACAAGCUCCUGCAGCAACGAGGGGUACAAAUCAGCAACUUUGACCCUGAACGGGAGCUGGAGGGGCUGAUCUUUCAGUGUGGGCUGCGUAUGGAUGAGCUGAAGGAGCAGGUAGAACAGAUGCAACAGGAGCAGCCCACCUGUGAGGGUCCUCCCUCUACACCUCCUCACUCUACCCCUUCACUUGUCUCUUCUGAGAGGAGAGAAACUCUGACUCACCCACAGAGCCCACCUGUGCCUUUGCUGCUUGAUGCAGGAGAGGCAGCGGCGGUGGAGGUGAGCUCAGCCAGUGAAGAGAGUGAUGAAGAAACUCUGAAUUCUCUCUACCUCAAACCUCCGAAUGGCAAAAACAGACGUGUUGAACAAGACUUUGCCAAACUAAUGGAUGACUACCAAAGCUUCAAGGAGCUUCCCAAACUUUUAGACCAUAGCCAGAAGGACGGAGCUCUCAUUUCUGCUGCCGUGAGAACCGACAAGCAUCCUGGGGACGAGAACAAAGGGAGACUGAGUCAAGGAACUGGAAACCUGGAAGUCCAGAGGAGUCGUUCACAGACGAAAUCAGACUGUCAGGACUUUCCUCCUGUUCGCACCAGCAAACAGCAGACCAGCAGGUCCAGUCGUCCAUCACGUAGGGCCUCCAGCCAGUCCACAACGCUCCCUGUUCAUCCUACCAGCAGCAAAAGGAGGUUAGAGCUGGGAAAGUCCCACAGCAGCAGUCUGAGCAGUCUGGGAGAGAUCACUGCGUUGGAGAGGAGGAACUCCAAACUCCAACCUGCACGCAGCAGAGUACUUUCUCAGGAUGGGAUUAUCUCUCCGGAGACAGACAGCGGCUUUGUCGGUUCAGAGAGCAGCCGUCUGACUCCUGCAGCAGCUCCAAGUCCUCUCCACCAGAGGGCCUCAGAGAGGGUUUUGAUGCCUCAGGAGGGGAUCCCUGGGAAGCCUCACACAGGCCCAGUCUCAGCACCAUCUCCUACCUCUUUGGCAUCACAUAGACACACGGCUAUAGAGCCCAGCAGGGACUCCCGACUCAUCUCCGACCAGCUGAGGAGAACAAGACAGCGGCAGAGGAGACGCACCUUCUCCUGCUCUCCACAGCGCUGGGUCGGUCAGACAGAACGAAGCAGGGCCGACAGUGGGACCAGUGAGUUUGGGCUGGAGAGUGACAGCACACACACUAUGUCUGAAGACGGACAGAAUGACCAGUACACAGAAUCAUCCAAUUCCCUCCACAGCUCCAGCCCAAGCUCCUCCCCCACUUCCCGGCGUCACCAUGGCGAUUCUCUCAGAGCACUGAGCUCCAGUCAGGUGGCCAAUCGCAAUGAAGCAAUCCAGACGCUGCAGGCUGAGGUCGACAGACUGAAGGAGAGACUAGAAAGCUGUCUGAGAAAUAAGAAAGCUCCAAGCUCUGUGAGAGCAGCUCCAUCAACUCAGGAGAACUACACUCGCCACAUCACCUCUACACCUCACGUCAGGUCUGGGGAGCGAUGCAGUGAUGUCAGCAGGGAAAGAAGAGACAGACCGACCGUUGAUGAAGUUGAGGAGUCUACACUGAGACGAACAACCCGGAAGAGACCACCUUCUGCACACAGACGACCACAACCUGAUAUCUUGACAACAUCAGAGCCAUCUACACCACAGACUCAGCCUCUGGUAUCCAGAUGUACUCAAACAUCCACUACAGCACCAGACAGCCACAGUUCAUGCACAAAAACUGUCCGCAGCAGAAACCCCAGGCAGCAUCCUGGUGUGACAGCAGAUGAACCUGACAGCAGAAGUCAUCAAGCUCCUCUCUGUCCUCAAUGUUUGUCACGUCGCCAAGGGCGACCUAAAGGUGGUGGCAACAUAGAGCCAACUCAUUCCUCUCUUUGCCGUCACUGUCCUCUCUGUGGAUGCCCUGAACCGUUCAGAAGCACUGAACCAGACUGUCGCAGAGUCUCAGACUCCCCCCCACACACAAGCUGCCAACCAGAGUCCCCUGAUGGAGUGAUGAGGAGCAGAUACUUUGCAGCUGCAGCUCCACCUACACUGCUGCAAUGCAUGCCAGUGUGUCCACCACCACUCCUGUUGUACUCAUCGCCCCUCUACGUGUCUCCUAGCAACAGGACUGGCACAUCCUCGAGGGUCAGAGGUCGCGAGGAGGCGAGGGGAAGGUCAAGACGCUCCCUCUCCGCUGACAAGCAGCGCUCCGUGGACAGCUCUCUGAACAGAGCCAUAAGAGCAGCUCGCCACAUGAAAAACACUUCUGGACACAUGGCUCGCUCUCUGGCUGCUGGACUGCACUACCAGGAGCUGCUGACUCAGUCCUGCAGCUACUAGUCUGACCUCCCUCCACAGGCAGCAACAUCUACUUCACACCAGCAUCCCUACGGCUGUAGACAUCACCAACAGCCGGAAGGAGUAAGUGAAUAAAGAAUCUAAACUCCAUCUCUUCUUUCUAACGUUUCUUUGAAGCUAAAUGUCAUUUUUUAAUUUUAUGGCAACAUUUAAGUCUCAGGUGGCCAAACAUGAAUUUGUUUCUUUAGCAGGCAUAAUAUAAUUUCAAAAGAUGUGCUGGCAUACAUUGAAAUGACAUACUUUCUAAAUUGAUGUAGUACUGUAGAUCAGUUUGCUAUAAAUGUGAUCAUAUUGAUUUUCAAACCGAUGAAGUAAAUAAAUUUGUUUCUUCUUCUUCAUUGGAGCUGUCUUGAAGUGACAGUUGUAAUCAGUUAAUACUCAGUUAUUUUGAGCUAUUUAUUGAUCAUGUGAUUGUGUUUGUUGAUCAUGCUUUUUUUAAUAAUCUUUUCUAGUUUGUAUAGGUUUGAAAGUAAGUUCAGGAUGACAGUGUUAUUGUAGUUGCUGUAUAAAAGGUUUAUCUUGUUUCUGCAGUUGCAUGCUGCACUGUAAAUGAAAUGCACUCGGUCAUUGCACCUGUUGUGAUAGAGUCCACUUUGGACGGUCACACAAGAGACUGCCAUGAAUCUAUUUUUUAAAUGGUCAACGGCUCAUCACACUUUAUCUUUAAAAUAUAAUGAAAAGAGUUGUGUGCGAUACUGGAUAACCUCAAAAUUAGUCUGUUUCAAUGUUGUUAAAGUCAGUCUGUAUGUAUACACUACACAGUUUAAAUGGUGGCGUUUUGGGAAUUUUGUACGGCAUUUUAUGGUAAGCUUGAAACUAUAUGAGCCACACAAGUAAGUCUACUGUAACUGACCGGCUUUAUGUGGAGCAAACAUUCACAGACCAAAGGUCUUUAAUAGGCCUUUAUCUUUAUAUACAGGUGGGACCGCCAACACAAACAGAGGAAUAAUGCUAUUUUACAGAUAAAGUUAUGCUUUAUAUUUAGUUGAAACUAAGAACUGUGGAUAUUACAAGUGAAUUCUGUUUUUUAUUAACUAAUACUUUUUACUUUUGUACCAUUGGUUCUCAAACUGUAGACCUACUUUAAUAUUUUGCAGGGAAUCUUUUUAGUGGUCCCAAAGCAGCCAAAUAAAAGUGGAAAUGAA